AUGGGAAACCUCUUCAGUAGCAACAAGAGCAAGGCUAAGGCAGCGCCGAAGGAAAAAACGGAGCCGGUUGAGGGGGAAAUCAAAGAAGAAAGCGUCAAGGCCCCUGCUCAAGAGCCUGAGGCUUCUGUUCCUGUCAGCGACACUGCGAAGGAAGAAGAAAAAGAAGAAGCAGUCGAAGAAACGGUCGAGAAGAAGACUCAGUGCACGAGUGACACGAUCCCCGAGGAACCCGCUCUGGAAGAAGAAAAAGCGCCAGAGGAGGAGAAAGUUGAAGCUGCUGCUGCUGAAGAUCCUGCGCCCGCCGAAAUUCUCAUUGAGGCUAGCAAGGAAAAUGAGGAAGCUUCAGAAGAAGACAACUCUCCACCCGAGGCCGAGGUGCGGCUUUCAACGGAGCUUCUCAGUGAAGUAGAAAAUUUUGAGAAGAACGAGCUGAAGCACCAAGAAGUCGUCGAGAAGAACAUUCUUCCAAAAGCAGAAGACGUUUCCCGGGAGCAGAUCCCCUCUGAGAUCAACAACUUCGACAAGAGCCAACUGAAGAAAAUGGAAACAGUCGAAAAGGUUCUUCUCCCAAACACUGAAGAAAUCGCCCGAGAGAAAAUCUCAUCGGAGAUCGAGAGCUUCAAGCCAGAAUCGCUCAACCACGUUGAAAUCAAGGAAAAAGAACUCCCAGCUGAGACGCUCACGAUGAGAAAUGUGGCUAAUUUUGACCCAGCCAAACUCAAUCAUGUUGAAACUGAAGAGAAGGUCGUCCUUCCGUCAGUUGAAGACAUCGCCAAGGAGAAGACCCUCGAGCAAAUCACCGCUUUCGACAAAAACAAGCUGAAAGUGACCCCCGAAGUUACCGCAGAACAGAACUCUUCUUCGGCCGAGGAAGAAAGCGAGGAAGAAUAA